AUGCGAUUUUCCAGGAUACUUGCCUUGGACUUGGCACUGUCGACUGUUGUUUACGCAGAGGGUAAACACAGCCCGAAUGUUUGCACCAUCAAAGCCAAUGGAGACCAGAAAGAUGAUGUUCCCAAUAUCCUCGAAGCUUUCCAUCGGUGUGGCAAUGGUGGUAGGAUUAUCUUCCCAGAGGACCAAGAGUAUUGGAUCGGAACUCGACUGAACCCCAUCGUCAAUGAUGUUUCAAUUGAGUGGCGUGGGAAAUGGACAUUUUCUGAUGACCUCGAUUACUGGCGCAAUAAUUCAUAUCCUAUUGCCUUCCAAAACCACGCCGCUGGCUUUGUUAUCACAGGCCAAAAUAUCACCAUCGACGGACAUGGUACUGGUGGCAUUGACGGUAACGGCAAUCAUUGGUAUACAGCCGAGAAGGGUGACACGCAGCCCGGUCGACCAAUGCCGUUUGUUUUUUGGAAUGUUUCCGAUGUCAGCGUUGAGAACUUCUACGUCAAGGACCCCCAGCUGUGGAGCUUGAAUAUAAUGAACGGAACCAACAUGCGCUUCAAUAACAUCUACUGCAACGCGACUGCAGUAGACGCACCGUACGGCGAGAAUUGGGUCCAGAAUACGGAUGGAUUUGAUACAAUGGAUGUGGAAAACAUCCAACUCACCAAUUUCGUCUACCAAGGCGGGGAUGACUGCGUGGCCAUCAAACCGCGGUCAUACAAUGUCGAUAUCCACAACGUCACAUGUCGUGGUGGGAACGGCAUUGCCAUAGGCAGUCUAGGCCAAUACCAGGAAGACUCCGGCGUGGCCAACAUCCGCGUCGACAAAGUCAAGGUCAUCCGAUACAAUGAAGAUCUGCAUAAUAGCGCUUAUAUCAAGACCUGGGUUGGCGCCCUUGUGCCCCAGAGCUUCUACGAGAGUGCUGGUCUUCCUCGCGGCGGUGGCUGGGGAAGCAUUCGGAACGUAUUGUUCUCGAAUUUCGAAAUCUAUGGAGCCGAUUCUGGGCCUGGUAUCACGCAGGAUAAUGGAGACAAUGGCUCCUAUUCGGGGACGAGCUUGAUGAGUAUAUCCAAUGUCGCUUUUGUAAAUUUCACGGGGUAUCUCGAGGGGACUUCGGAUUCCAACAAAAUCGCGUCUAUCUCAUGCUCGGACGUGCAUCCGUGCUAUAAUAUUGAUCUUGAGAAUGUGGUGCUAUACCCUCGUGAGAACGCGACAACGCCGGGUGUUGGAAAGUGCAAGUAUACUGCUGAAGCAGGAGUUCAUGGACUCGAGGGAUGCUAA